AAUUGGCCGGUUGGGUUUGUCGACUCCGCGUCCCGCCGUUGCUGCUCUUGCUCUUACAGGCACUCUACCAGCGCUCGCAGCCUCCUUCAGGCUUCAGGGAACGAUGCGCGCGGAGCUUGUCCAUGUGCUCUCUCUGCAUGCGGGGAAACCAACAAGUGGAGAAGGUGGGGUUUGGCUGGGCGAGCAAAGGCCAGCCUGUCGUGCGAGUCCGGCCCACCCCUCAUCCCUAGGCACUCCGCCCUGCGACCUAAGCGAGUUUGUCAGAAGAGCCACAGUCAGUAGUCAGUAGCAACAGCUGUCGUCGGCAGGUUCGCUGGCAUAGCCGAAAGAACGCAGCCUGCCUGGUUUGAGUGGGCGCCGUGGGGCGAGUUGAGGGCGGGCCGUCCUGUCCUGUCGGGCAAAAGAGCAACCUCGCGACCCCUUGUUGCAUCGUCUGUCUCUCUUCAUCUCUCUCCCUACUCACACCACCACAACCAUGUUCGGCAGCAAGGAGAAGCACAGCAGCGAAAAGGAGUACUCGUACGCGCAGGACGUGGAGAUCGCGCCCGCCGUCAACCGCGAGGGCGACGACCUGGUCUACGAUGCCGUGUUCGGCGAGAUCUCAGACAACGGCCCCAACUACCGAGGUGUCGGCUCCGUAGGCUCGUGGGUCCUCAUCACCAAGGCCAACAUCGGGCUGGGUAUCCUCGGCAUUCCGUCAGUGUUCAUGACGGUCGGCCUUGUCCCCGGCAUCCUCAUCAUCCUGGGCCUGCAGUCGGUCAUUGCGUACUGCGGCGCCCAGAUCGGCCCCUUCAAGUCGCGCCACCCCGAGGUGUACGGCAUCGCGGACGCGGCGUACAUCCUCGGCGGACGCGUGUGGAAGGAGAUCUUUUUUGUUGUCUUCUGGAUCAACAUGGUCAUGGUCUUCUCGACGUGUAUCGUGUCCAUCUCGACGGCGAUCAACGCCAUCAGCGUGCACGCGGCGUGCACGGCCAUCUGGAUGGUCGUCGCGUACGUGUUUGGCAUGAUGCUCGGCUCGAUCCGCACCCUGGGCAAGAUUACGUGGAUCGGCUGGGCGGGCCUCGUGUCGCUCGUCGCCUCGGUGCUCAUCGUCACUAUCGCUGUCGGCGUGCAGGACCGCCCGGCCGCCGCGCCGCCCACUGGCCCUUGGGACAAGGACAUCAAGAUCUUUGCGCACGCCUCCUUCCAGCAGGUCAUGGGCGCCAUCUCGACCGUGCUCUUCUCGUACGGCGCCGUGCCCUGCAACUUUAGCAUCAUCUCCGAGAUGCGCGACCACCGCGUCUAUGUCAAGUCCAUGUCGUACUCGAUCUUCUUCCUCACCGCCGCCUACCUCAUCAUCGGCUGCGUCGUGUACCACUUCUGCGGCCAGUACGUGUCGUCGCCUGCCCUCGGCUCGGCGGGUCCCCUCCUCAAGAAGGUCUCGUACGGCAUCGCGCUGCCCGCGCUCAUCGCCUCGCUUACCCUCUUCGCUCACAUCCCCGCCAAGCACAUCUUUGUGCGUAUCCUUAGCGGCUCGCCCCACCUCACCUCCAACACCCCCACCCACUGGAUCACCUGGGAGCUCUGCAUCUUCGCCGGCAGCACCCUCGGCUACAUCCUCGCCUCGGCCGUCCCCACGUUCGGCGCCAUCAUCGGCCUCAUCGGCUCGGUCGUUGUCCCUCUCACCGCCAUCUGCCCGUACCCUGUCAUGUGGUGGCACGACAACUUCCGCUUCAAGGCUAGCCACGAGCGCACUGCCAAGCUCUGGAUCGCCCUCGUCCUCAACUUCUUCAUCCUCCUCAUUGGUCUCUUCAUCUGGGUUGCCGGCACCUGGGCCGCCGUCAAGGACAUCAUCGCCGCCAGCGCCACUACCGGCCCUUGGACCUGCAAGGACAACUCGGGCAGUGUCAAGGAGGACUAG